CGGUUGUUCAGAUCAGAAGAUAAACACAAAUAUAAACAAAAUUUCCUUUAAUUUCCGAAAAAUAUAAAUGACAACGAAAUUUCUAACACCUCCUUCAUUUCGAUCCCUUCGCUUCUUCAACUCUCCCCUCUUCUUCCUCGAAACCCUAGAUUCUAAAGUGAAGUACUCCUCAAUGGCGGAAGUAGAUAACAAAUCAAACACCGCACCACCGGUCUCAGACGAAGAGCUCUACGGAUUCAAACGUCCGGAGAUGUACACCGGCACCCUCGCAGGCUCCGUCGCUCCCUACGGUCGCCACGUUUUCCUCUGCUACAAGAGUCACGAGACCUGGCUUCCUCGCGUCGAAACCGAAGGUCUCCCGCAGAGGUUCGCUAAGUCGUUUAAGGAUCGGAGAGGUGAUUUCGCUGUUAAGACGAACUUGACGGUGUGUGGUGGAGGUGAAUCGGAUGGAGAUGUGUUGAUUUUCCCUGAGAUGGUCAGAUACAAGGCGAUUAAGGAGACUGAUGUGGAUGCUUUUGUGGAAGAUGUGCUUGUUAAUGGGAAGCCGUGGACCUCUGGGGUUCAGGAAGAGUUGUCAGGUUCUUUUGUGUUUGUGUGUGCUCAUGGAAGCCGGGAUAAGAGAUGUGGUGUUUGUGGACCAGCUCUUAUGGAGAGGUUUGAGCAGGAGAUUGGCUCGCGUGGACUUUCUGGGAAGAUCUUUGUGAAGCCGUGUUCUCAUGUCGGUGGGCAUAAGUAUGCUGGAAACUUGAUUGUUUUUAGCCCUGAUUCAGCUGGAAAUGUUUCUGGUCACUGGUAUGGCUAUGUAACUCCUGAUGACGUGCCUGCAAUGCUUGAUCAGCAUAUUGCCAAAGGAGAAAUCAUACAAAACCUUUCCAGGGGGAAGAUGGGACUAAUACCCGAGGGUGAGGAAGCUGUGAAAGAGGUUGAGCAUAAAAUCCCAAACGGAAACGGCGUACAAGUUGAGAAGAAGGGAUUGACAGGAGGUUGUUGCCAAGGUGCAAAUGGGGUUUCAUGUUGCCAAGAGCAAACCCCAGAACCAGUCAAGAAAGAAGGAUCCGUGAAGCAGAACUGGUUCAGAUCGAUCGAGAAAGAAGAGCUUCUGUUGGGAGCUGCUGCAGUUGGGGCUGUUGCAACCAUAGCCGUGGCUUACAGCAUUUACAGGAAGUCAGGUUAAGAAACCAUACUCCUCUAUUACAUUACAAGAAGUUACAACAAGUAUGAAACUAUAUUUUUGGUAGCUAUGUUAUAGCAGUUUAAAAAGAAAAAAGAAAAAGAAAAACAUGAGGUAUAUGAUUGAAACCACGUAACCAUCACUUGGUCUGCUGGGAUCUAUCGGUUUGGCAAUUACAGGAAUGACAUGUAUUCACGGCCUUUAAAUAAAUAUUAUAUAUUAGCAUUUGCCCUACUGCGUUUGUGUAUGUUGUUUUGGCUUUAAUCAAAUCGGUUUAACUGGUUAUAUCAAUCAAGUUAGGCACGGAUUUAUUAACCUUUUCUAGCUUGAUUAUGUAUAUGCAAUAAUCCAGUGUUGAUUAUGUAUAUAAUCAAUUUUUUUUCAUGAUGACAAAAAAAUAAAAUGUUUUUAAAUUAUAAAGUUAACUGAUAAAGAAAAAAAGGACACUAGAAAGUACAGAAGGACGCGGUCGUGGCGUAAGUAAAUGGAUCCCACCUACUCAUCUCCUUCUUUUGGGCUGUUACCUCACCGACGAGAUUUUCUACUGACACUUUUCAGUUUUGGUCAAAAAAUGUACAGAGAAAGAAACAAAGAAAAUGACACAAUGGGAUCUAGAAUCCAACCAAAGUUAGCUCCAACAACCCACUUACCACACAAUCUUUGGUUCAAUAAUCAACUUAUUCGGAACUAACUUACACUGUAAUCUAUUUUUCGAA